AUGAAAUUCGGAGGUCGAGGCGAUGAUCUUGAAUUGAUGAACGAGACUUCACGCCAUGAAACAGACGAAAAACGCUCAUGGAUAUUAUAUCUUGGUUGUCAUAUUCUUCCAUUCGUUGUCUUUUUCAUAUGCAGACUUAUUGACUUGAAUGGAAUUUUACUUGGCUUAGUUACUUUAAUCCUUUCACUUAUUGUUAUAUAUUAUACUAAAAAUAAUUUUGGCUGGUCUUUGGUCGGAAUUAAAUGGUGCUUCGAUCGCGAAAAACAACCAGACUUCCCAUACAUUACUUUUACUGCUAGGUCACUCCCAUUCGUAGCUACAGCCUUUGAUUCAAAUGUCUUUUGGCUCACCCUAUUUUCAACAACAUUACUCUGGAUUCUAGUUACAAUCAGAUUUAUCUACGUCAGCGGAAAUGAUCUCAGUAUGUUCUUAGCUGUUAUUUCUGGAAUUAAUGUCAUUAAUGUCAACUUCUUUAUCAGAUGUCAUCAGGUUGCUAAAACUCAAGCAGAAGUUCAAGCAAGAAACGUUUUACUCGAAGCAUGUGCCGAAUUUCCACAUAUUACAAACGAAGAUCAACCAGAUCCAGAAUUACCACCAGAAGAACCAGAACAGAAAACAUCUGUUCAAAUUCCAACAGCACCAAUACCUUCUCAGAUCCCUGCUAAGAAAGUUGAACAGCCAAUUGCUGCUCCACAGCCACAAUUACAAUCAAUUCCUCAACCAACAGUUAUUACACCACCAAGUACCCCAGAACCACAGCAGAAGACAGAAGAACCAGCUCCUGAACCAACUUUCGAGCCUUCUUUCGAACCACAAUUUGAUGAACCAAAACCAGACGAAAAACAGGAAGAUGAUGCUCCAUUUGCAGCUGAUUUCGGAGACAAUCAAAAAGAGGAAGACUUCAAACCACAAUUUACUUCAUUUGCACCAGCUUUCAACGAUGAAAAAGAUGAUGGCGAAGAAGCAGUAGUUUUCGGCGAUGCUAACGAUGAGGGCGAUGAUCAGUCUGAUGCCGAAGAGGAAGAAGAAAUAGUCAAAUUUGACUAA